AUGCACUUUAUUAACACUUGGUUUAAAAAUCUUCUUGCUAAAUAUGGUGCCAGGCACAAGGUUGCUAAAAAUCUUCUUGCUAAAUAUGGUGUCAGGCACAAGAUAAAAGAUUGGGUUGAGAAGUUAGAUGAUGCACUUUGGGACUACAGAACAGCUAACAAGAUGCCCAUUAGGACAUCUCCAUAUCGUUUGGUUUACGGUAAAGCAUGCCAUCUGCCUGUGGAGCUGAACAUCAAGCAUAUUGGGCUAAAUGAAGAACUUGGUGGGAAAAGAGAAGAUGAGAAGAUGAUGAACAUGGGCCUUUAA